AUGAGCAUGGACGCGGCGGCACUGAGCGCUGCGAUCAAGGAGAUGCAGGAGGCGAAUGAGGCUGGGAAGAGCGACGACGUGGUCCGCCUCCUCAAGAAGUUCAAGACGGACGUCGUGGCCACCGAGGACAUGUUGCGUCAAUCACGCGCAGGUAUCGCUAUUGGCAAGCUGAGAUCGCACGGUACGGCAGAGGUUUCCGCGCUGGCCAAGGAUGUUGUCCGGCUGUGGAAGGAGCAGGUGGAAGAGAAUAAGCGCAAGCGGAAGCGCGAUGAUGAGGGGGGUAGCGAGGCUAAGAAGGCUAAGGCUGGGUCGCCAGCUAAGAGCCCCGCCGUUAAGAGUCCUUCGUCCAAGCCCGUGUCCAAGGGUAAGGAAGGCAAGGAAGGCAAGGAAGGGAAAGAGGAGAAGAAGGAGAAGGAGACUGUCGGGGAGCGGGAAAAGAGCAAGACGCCUGAGACGCUCGUUACGAUUGAUUAUGGGCGCACAACACCGCGUACGGCUAAGAGUGAUGGUGUCGACAAGAACCUGCGGAGCGAUGGCUCGGAUGCUGCGCCCGAGGAUGUGCGCGACCGGUGUGUUGUCAUGAUCUACGAUGCGCUGGCGAGCGACUCUAAUGCCUCGACCAAGACGCUCUCGCAGUGCGCGAUUGCGAUCGAGCGCGAAUGCUGCAAGCUCAUGAACUACGACACGGGCAAGCCGUACCGCGCAAAAAUCCGCACACUCUUCCUCAACCUCAAGGACAAGGGGAAUCCGGCGUUGCGCAACGAGAUCGUGCUGGGCCAGAUGACGGCGGACCGCGUCGUGCGGUUGACAACCGAAGAGAUGGCGAGCGAGUCGAUGAAGGCCAUGAACGAGCGCAUCCAGGAGCAGAACCUCUUCAACUCGAAGGGCGUUGGCGAGGUCCAGGCCGAGACGGACGCGUUCAAGUGUGGCCGCUGUGGUCAGCGCAAGUGUGUCUACUUCCAGAUGCAGACGCGCUCUGCCGAUGAGCCGAUGACUACCUUCGUGACUUGCACAGUUUGUGGCCUCCGCUGGAAGUUCAGCUAG